CAGUGUUUAGGCUAUGAUGAGUAGAGGGAGUGUCAGUCAGAUGUCACAUCUGAAGGGAUGAACCUUUAAACAAUGACAGAAUAGACAAGACGUUCUUGAGUUAGUUUAAUUUGUCAGAUCGGUGCAGCUUCAGUCUCGAUCCUGGAGAAUAUCUACACACUCAUCUUCAGCUCCAAGGGACAAGCAGGUUUAUCAUGGCUUCCAUCUCUUCCUACUUGCGACCCGCCCUGACUGUGAUUAUAGUGCUGGCUGGACUCACAGUUCUGUUUUUAAUGUACUAUAAUUCUUUUCCAUCUCCAAAAUGUCAUCCUCCCCCGUCUCAUUUACAGAAGCCGCACACAGACAAGCCUGUGGUGCUGCUCUGGUUCUGGCCUGAAAACAAAAUGUUUGAUUUUCAAGACUGUAAGACGUUUUUCGACAUUGACAGCUGCCACCUCACAGAUGAUAGGUCUUUAUACUCCGAGGCUCAUGGAGUUUUGUUAUUUCACAGAGCCAUCCAGGAUGACCUCUCCAACCUUCCCACCUCACCUAGGAAGAAAUUUCAGAGGUGGAUCUGGUUUAACACAGACUCACCCAGCAACACACGCAGGAUAGAAGGCAUUAAAAGCAUUUUUAAUUUAACCAUGAGCUACAGGAAGGAUGCAGACAUCCACAUUCGCUGGCGAUUGACUCUCAGGAAGAAAACAGAUGCAGAUUUUGUGCUACCCAAGAAGGAACGACUGCUUUGUUGGAUUGUGGAUAGCCUUGACCUCAACACAGCAGGUGAGGGAUACAAAUACUACAAACAGCUUUUAAAACACAUCAAGGUGGAUAUUUUUGACCGCUCCUCUGCCGAGUUCUGGAAGGAUGAGAACUAUUUCCGGACCAUCAGCAGCUGCAAAUUCUACCUUUCCUUUGAGAAUUCAAUUCACAAAGAUUACAUCACAGAAAAGUUCAAUGGACCUCUUGCGGCAGGCACUGUGCCAAUAGUUUUGGGACCACCAAGAAUUAACUAUGAGGAUUUCGCCCCAGGUAAUUCCUUUAUACAUGUAAAUGACUUCCCUGAUGCCCCAUCACUCGCCGAGUUUCUCUUGAAGCUGGAUCAGAACACCACGGCUUAUAUGAACUACUUUAACUGGCGGUCAUUCUAUACUGCCAGACGUCAUCUUACUGAGCAGAAUCACGAGUUUGCAUACGCUAUCUGCCAGGCCUGUUAUUACAUAGGUCUAGGCAUGAACAGCAAAUUCAGAUUUGUACCUGAUCUGUACAAGUGGUUCUUACUGUUAUAGUGUUAUGGAUCUACUGUUCCUCGGAAUUGAUUGAAAAGAAUCAUGUUAUGUAGAGAAAUACUCUUGUAUUGUCUAGAUAAAAAAAAACAUUGUAUAGCCUAUGUAUUAAUUUUGCGUUUUGGUGAUGUGAUACGUGAUUUUAAAACACAAGCUGAUGUCAUUUAAGUUUUUUUUUUUUUUUUACGUGCACAUUGUUUUGGUGUUUUACAGUCUCCAUUUAACAUCAGGAUGUCUUAAUUAAUGUGAUUACUGGCAUGGUGAUAAAUACUUAUGGUACAAUAUGUCCAUAUUAAUAAAUAAAAUGAACAAUAGUCAAUGUAAAUGUAAAUAAAACCAAAUAAAUUAUUUUUGACCGCUCCAAAUUGAAGGUGUAGCCUACUUGUUAGGCAGGUGACAACAUGUACAAAUAUUUAGGCAUAUAAUUAGACUGUCAGUUGCACUGGUCCUAUAAAUGGAGUAUGUUUGCUUAAAGAUGAGUCAGUGUCUAUAUUUCUCAAGAAGACAUAGUUAGAGGUGUUGAGAUAUCCUGCUACUGUUUUACAAGGAAGCCAUUGAAACUACUGUUCGUUAUGGCAGUAUGGCUUGGUUCGGUAACCUGUCCGUUAAAUUAAAAUCACAGCUCCAAAACUUGAUAAAAAGGGCUGGAAAAAUAAUUGGCCAAAUGCCACCAAGUCCUUUUCAGAAGUUUUUUGAGGAGGCGGUCACCUGUGUAGAGAGCAUGAUCCCUUUAGUCAGAAGGUAAGCUACAGGUUACCAAACUGCAAGCUCAACAGGUAGAACAGGCUUUCAACAAAGUGAUGACUACAAAGAGAUUAGGUGUGUGUGUGUGUGUGUGUGUGUGUGUGUGUGUGUGUGUGUGUGUGUGU